AUGCCCAAACCUUCCAUCGAAAACAUCGGCUCUUACGAUGACCUCCGUGAACUCCAUCUCCUCCACUACAUCUACUCUCUCCCACACCUCUCCACGCUGCGCAACAAUCCAGCCGCGGUCCUACGCGAAAUCGACAAUUUCUCCCAAGCAACCGGCAAAUACCUCAUGACCAUUGGCCCAGAAAAAGGCGCUUUCCUAGCUGAUAUUAUAGCCACCCGCAAACCAUCCACCGUCGUCGAAUUGGGUGGGUUUGUGGGGUACUCCGCUAUUUACCUCGGUGAUGCGCUGAGGGCGAACGGCGGGAAGAGGUAUUUGAGUCUGGAAUUGAAUCCCGUCAAUGCAUCGGUUGCGAAUUUGUUGAUCGAGCUCGCGGGGUUGAGGGAUGUGGUUACCAUCCAUGUCGCGGCGAGCCACAAGAUGCUUGCCGGGUUUGUCAAGGAUAAUGUCAUUGACCACGUAGAGGUGAUGUUGAUCGAUCAUUGGAAAGAUCGAUAUCUACCAGAUCUGUGGCUCAUGGAGAAUCUGGGCUUGCUCAAGCCUGGAGUCACUGUUCUAGCGGCGGAUAACUGUCUGAGGCCCGGCGCGCCGGAUUAUUUGGAAUGGGUGAGAGCUACCCCUGAAGAGAAGGCGGCGUUGUUGAAGAGAUAUGGGUUUGCGGCGGACUCGAAAUAUGUGAAAGGGGAGGAGUUGAUCAAAGCCGUUAAAGAAGGGAAGGAGGAUGUGGACUUGGAGAAUGUGCCUGGGGAUCCGUCGUGGGUAUAUGAGAGGGAGAUGGCGGAGUUUGAGUUGGGGAAUGGACGACAUGAUGGAAUCGAGGUGGUCAAAGUGGUUGGCAAGGAGUGA